AUGUUCAGCAGUCUUCUUACUCCUCUCAAAACGGCAUUCGAGGAAGUGCGAUCUCCACGUGUUUCUACUGUUAUUCAGGGCACAGUAGAAGAGAGUCCCGAGGACUUCGCACAUGAUGUGCGCGUCGAAAUCAUUCGGCGUACUGUUGAAGAUUUAAAAGUAGCGCCCAACAUCGCGGCUCAGAUCGAGGAGCUCCACCAAAUCGACACUGUUUUGCGUGAAGAUGCUUCGAUGAAGCAAGUGUUCAGCGAAUUAGAUGGCUUUCUCGUACUCGUCAGUGUCUUAUCCACGUUGCGUGAAAUGGACCGUUCUUCUGCCGAGUCACUGAGUACAUGGAGAGAAUAUAUGCGUGUGUGCUUCUCUGUCCUGUGCGUUGCACUCUCAUCAUCUCCGCGCAACCAAACGAUUUUCGAGAAAACAGUGGGGUGGGAGACUUUAAAACAGGCCCUCCACCCGGCAUCUCCUUCAAAUGUUGGUCUUGCUUCCCUUUGGGGACUCCUCUUGAGCCUGGCCUUCAACGAUAUGAAGUUGGAGUCCUUCUUUGUGGAUGCUCCUGAUAUAAGCAACGACCAAACGGCGCCACUGGACUCGCAUAUUCGUCAUUCUCACGAGCGACUGACGAGCCUGAAAAACCCGAAUGCCGUCAUUGCAUUGUUUGAACUACACGUGGAGAUCAUGUCCCCGAGGCAGGCUUCAUAUCUAGUUUUCAGGACGAUCGAACGAAUCGUUUCGAUAUCACAUCGAAAUCAGGCAAUGCUGAACGCACUCGGCCUCGGAGGAUCUGUAUUUGACUACGUUUCGAAGAAGGUACAGCUUUUGCCUACAGAAAGUACUAAACUCGUAGUGCAGAAACUACUAAGGAGACUUCUGGAAAUGGGGGUUCCUACUCUUGAUCAGGCACGAGCCUUGUUCCAGAAUGUCCUCAGAAACUCGGCAGUUGACUCUGAUGCCCUCACUCUACUGAGAAGCGCGAGUCGGGCAAAGUGGCCAUCGUUCUUUUCUUUUAACCAUGCUUCUGCCCUAAUACUUCCGGAUACUCGAGGGAAGGCCUUUCCACCUCUGGCAGGCUUCACUUAUAUGACUUGGAUAUAUGUCGACCGCUAUCCGCUUCCAGAUGAGCCCAUGAUCAUCUUUGGGGCGCGUUCCUCCUCACCCUCGCGGUGGAUUGUGAAACUAAGUUUGCUGAGUGAAGGCGAUCUUGAAUGCGCGACCCCCUCCAUGCAGGAGCCUCUACUUACGAAUGCCGAAAUUGUUCGUAAGGGUCGCUGGACACAUGUUGCGCUGGUUCACUACCCAUCCCGCUCCUCUUCGCCCAAUAUAUGCCUAUACGUCGACGGUCAUGAAAUCCAGUCCGAAUCCUCGGUUUUUCCUAAACCGUCACCUCCACCCACAACUUAUCACAUUGGUUGCGAUCCGUCUUUAUUAGACUUCUUCCCUCAGAGUAAAUGGUCAAUGGCGACUUCACACUUGAUUGGGUGUCCUCUCUCGUCUGAUCUUGUCCUUCUCGCGCAUCAUCUUGGUCCACGAUAUAUUGGGAAUUUCCAAGAUGCAGCAUUGUACCGUUUCCUCACGUACGAAGCUUCAACGUCCCUGAACAUUCACAUGUUUGGCAAUCAAUCUUCUCUCUCCUCGAAAUCAGGAAUAACUGAUGGCGCCAAAGUCAUAUCCAAAGCUCUUGCUGGAGAUGUCGGUUUCAAUGAGGACGACAUCCUGUUGUCCUUGUCACCUUACGGCGUUAAAAACGAUCCUGAUGAAGACGAAAAUUCAGGUGUUCAGGUUGUGACCAAUGCUUCGGGGGUGCAACGAUCGAAUGGCGUUGUCGCCUCGAUGCUGGGCGACGUUUACGUGGCCCAACUAAAAUGUUUGGACGACAGCGUACGUCGGAUGGGUGGUCCAGCUAUCGCAUUGAAGAUCAUCCAAUGUUGCACUACAUCGUCAGACCUGGAGAAUGGGCUCGGUAUCCUCUUUGAUGUGAUCCGCACCAGCUGGCAGAAUUCGGAAGACAUGGAACGGCUUCGUGGAUACGACGUCCUCUCCUCGUUGCUCAGAGCAAAGUCUAGCCUCAUCAAUCAGGCCUGUUUCGAAGUCAUAUUUGAAUCCCUAGGUAUCAAUUUUAGCAAUCCUCGGUGCGUACUUCCUCCUGUGAUAAUUCCGGGGAUUCGAAUCCUCAACGAAAGCAGUGGCGCAACGAUUGUGAAUACAGUUGCUUAUCGAGCCCUUGGAUUGGACUUCCAUUUGUGGUCACUGGUUAACCCGGAUCUUCAAACUGUGUACUGGAGCCAUUUCGAGGUUCUCCUUGAACAAUCCAACUUCAAGCGCUUUAACAGCAAGCAUCGAAUAGCGAGGAAAUUCAACUCCCCUGGCGUGCUGCGGCAGGCACUCUUCGUCUACCAGACUGAUCUGUAUCCUCCGGAGCAAAUACAUCGCAUGGUUGACGCUAUCGCGGUUUUGGCAAGAUCGAAUUGGUCAACGGAUACUACCAUAAAACCCCUUAUUUCAUAUUUAGCCGCGAGACUGCACAGCCCAGAGACAGGGCCAUCGUCCCCACUUUCUCUGCGAUCCCACUUGUCACACAUAGAUAGAGUGCACGCCCACGAGAAAGCGGAGCAGCUGUUGGUUGCUCUUGUAUCGAUUCUCUCGACAGAAACUUUCCUGGCGAAACUGAAUGCGUCGUUACCCCUCUCUCGGAUACUGAUACUGCUACUAGGACCAAAUCCGUCUCCUGUGGUUACAUCCCAGGUUUUGCGUAUCACCGCCCUUCAAUUGCGGACCUUUUCCAACUCUUCCCGCAAGCUCGAACUCUUAAACUUUUGGAGCGUCUUAAAGGUAAUUUUACCCGAAUCAUGGGAUCCACUGGUCCAUAGUGCAGCGUUCGAUCUGCUACUUGGGAGGACCGAAUCUGCCUCUAACUCACAAAUCCCAACGGACGCGGUUGUGAAAUAUCCUCAGAUGCUCCCUCCUAUUUUUGCCUCACUCGAGCACGGGCUCACCAAGCUGCUGGAGCGUAGCAUGCUCAGCGGUGGUCUGGAACUACCCAAUGGUAACCCUCGUUCCUUCGCAACCUCGUUCGUCAGGAUAAUUGACCGACUUCUUUUAGCAACUUCAGCUGCAUCUGAAACAGUUACAGAGGCUAUAAUUGAGGAGUUCGUAAACAUGCAUACAGCCAGUCGCACGUUCCGGGAAGCAUUUAGCUUCAAACUUGUGAUGACGGAACUUGUUUCGCUCCUUCGGACGUUGACGUCCAAAGGGGCCUUCACCCUCCAAGAGCGCAACUCGAUUUCAGGGUUACUGGACAGAUUAAUACAUUUCGCGAACCUAGUUUAUGCCGAUGAUUCACUUAAUUUCUCCCACAAACAAGAGCUGGAGAGCGCCCUCCAAGCCACACAUCUGCCUCCAACCUCUCUCUCCCCUGCCCCUGCAUCAACACGACGGAGGUCCAUUCUUGGUGUUUCGGUCUCCGACCGACGAAGUAUCUCCGAGAGGAAUGCUCAGAAGACGCUCUAUAAAGUGGCUACUUGGCGUGCAGUGGUCAUCUCUACUGAGAAACAGCGUCGGAGAAAGAUGUAUCAGGAUAUGAGAGAAGAACUCCGUGCUUUACAACGACUUACCCAAUGGCUUGUUUUGGUUCAUCACGAAAGGAGCCUUUGGCCACAGAAUACCACGGCCCUUUGGCGUUUGGAUGAAGCUGAGGGUCCCUACCGAGUUCGAAAGAAGCUCGAGCCCGAGAUCGACAAGUUGCUGGAGAAUAAAGCCACGGACAGUCUCACUCGCGAGCUUCUGGAAAUCGAUGACGCAAACUCUGUUGUCGUUGUACACGCUCCUUGGGAUGAAUCAUACAACUUCGACGUCGCUGAAGGUAUCGGCUUGUUCGCUCCUUUCGCUGUUGGUUUAACGAUCUGUUCAGAGGAUGACAAAUGGGAAGAUGAGCUCAUUGAUGACAAGCAUCGCAAAAUUAGACAUGAACUCGAACCAGGUGACGUAAUAGAAGUGGUCAAGAAUGUGGCACGUAUUGUGGGUGUUGAUUCAUCCCCUGGGCUCUUUAUUCUCGGUCGGACGCAUCUAUACGUCAGAGACGGUUUAGUGGAAUCGGCCGACGGCGAGGUUGUGGAUGCGCGUGAUGCACCGAAAGACGUCCUUCAGGUUCCCGGGACACUUCUUGCCGAUCUCGACCCUAACAUACGCGCUCGUCGAUGGAGUUUUGAGGCGUUGGCUGGAUUUAGCACCAGGACACAUCUAUUUCGGGAUGUUUCCCUGGAAAUCUACUUUAGAGACUCACGUAGCCUCCUGUGUGUCUUCCCUAACAAACUAGAUCGACAGGCCGUGCUCUCCAAGCUUCAAAAAGUCAUGACCAAGACUGCAGCGGAGAGUAGUGCUGCAACGGCGACGUUCCGAUCCCCUUUGCUAAAUCUAGUUUCUGCAACUGGUAGGAUUUAUCAGAACCGACCCGAGAUAGACGUGGCUCAGCGGCGGUGGCAAGCGAGAGAAAUCAGUAACUUUGCCUAUCUCAGUAUAAUUAACCAGGCCUCAGGGAGGACACCCAAUGAUCUCACUCAGUACCCCGUUUUCCCUUGGAUUCUCAAGGACUAUACUUCAAAUACAUUGGAUCUGUCCAAACCUGAAACUUUCAGAGAUCUGAAUUGGCCUAUGGGGGCUUUAACAGAAGUUCGGCGAGCCUCAGCAGAGGCCCGAUAUUCUUCCCUGACAGAUAUUGGAGAGCCGCCCUUUCAUUAUGGCACACACUUCUCGUCAAGCAUGAUUACAUCCCACUUUCUCAUUCGGUUACCACCUUUCAGCAAGCACUUCAAAGUUCUUCAGGGAGGCGAUUUUGAUUUACCAGAAAGGCUCUUCGUGGAUGUUCAACGGGCUUACGAAUCCGCCGCACAAGACAGCCGAGGGGAUGUUAGGGAACUAAUCCCUGAAUUUUUCACUUGUCCGGAGUUCCUUGAAAAUUUCUCUGAUCUGGAGCUCGGGGUCAACGCUGGAGGAGAGCAAAUCCAAGAUGUUAAGCUUCCCCCGUGGGCCAAGCGGGAUGCCCUGCUGUUCAUUGCGCUUCAUCGGCAAGCCCUGGAAAGCGAAUACGUUAGCCGAAAUCUGCCCACUUGGAUUGACCUUAUAUGGGGGUGCAGACAGAAAGAUGUGGCAUCUUGGUGCUGUUCAGAUUUGGACAGUAUAGAUGAUCCUCUACAGCUUGCCGCCUCUGUCGGUAUAAUUCAUAAUUUUGGGCAAACACCCAGAAAAAUCUUCUCUUCCCCCCAUCCUCCUCGCUACAUGGACGGCGAACUUUCGCUCCCUCUUGGAACGGCCUACGGCAUUGCAGAACAUCCACACCUUUUAUUUCAAUCAAAUCAACCCAUCAAAUCGACACAAAAUGGUGUUUCAUCCUUAUAUGUUGAUCUUCUCAGUGAGAAAGUCAUUCCGUGUGGCCCCGACUCGCUCAUAGUACCAACUUUUGCACACGAAUCUGUCGAAUGGGGCUUCCAGGACCAAAGCUUGCGAUUAUUUGCGGACAAAAAGCUGGUUCAAAUUGUGGAGUCAGCGUACCUUAGCUGUGCAUGUUUCUGCGACUCCGAGGUCCUCAUCGCAGGAACUUCGGAUAACAUGGUGACAGUGUGGCGGAUACACCGUUCCUCGUCAUCGUCACCGAAGCUCAAGUUGUCCUAUCUGAUGCGUGGGCAUGAAUCAGCUGUACAAUGUGUUGAUGCAUCUCGACCAUGGUCCCUGAUUGUUACCGGUAGCGAUGAUGGUACGGCCAUAUUCUGGGAUCUCAACAGAGCUCACAUCACAGGUGAUGUGGCAACGUGUUCCAUUGACCGCCUUUCGAUACAUACAAUAAACGGGCGUCAUAUCGCUUCCUUGCGACUUGGAGCACACGAGCGAAUCACAUCGCUUGCAUUCCAUGAAAGAGAAACAUCCCUAGUUGGGAUCUUAGCGGCCGGUUCCGCAGAUGGCUCUAUAUCAUUGCGGACAUGGAACCCGAACGAUACUCCGCUGGAAGAGAAGGCAAAGUGGAAGUUCUCUACAGUCCGUAAUCUCAAAAUGCGAAAAGAGCCCGGGUUAGGGAUGUGGCUCCCCACAGUGACAGCACUGAAGUUUGUUGGGGAAAUACUGUACAGUGGAGAUGAAUCUGGACGCAUGUUUAACUGGACACUCCCUGAUUGA